AUGGGAGACAAUGUUGAAACAGCUACUGGGACUCAAGUUCCCCUUUCAGCUGCGGAUUCUGGCUCUAAAGAGGUCUUCAAUACCUCUCACCCUUGCUUCAUUUCAUCAUCAGAUUCACCUGGAGCACUGCUUGUUAACACAGUUUUUGAUGGAAAAAGUUUUGGGGGUUGGAAAAGAGCUAUGUGGAUAGCUUUAACUGCUAAAAAUAAAGCUGGUUUCAUAGAUGGUUCAACACCAGAACCAGAAAUAGGAACAGAUCUGUGUAAUGCUUGGGGUAGAGCCAAUAAUAUGGUAAUUUCGUGGAUACUAAACUCCCUAUAUAGAGACAUCUCUGAAAGUGUUCUCUAUUAUGCUAAUGCUAAGGAUAUCUGGGAGGAGUUAGAAGCCAGGUUUGGCCAAAGCUCAGGAGCUAGAUUGUAUCAGCUCCAGAAAGAACUAAGCGACCUUGUUCAAGGUCCAACUGAUAUAGCCACUUAUUUUACUAAGAUUAAACGACUCUGGGAUGAAUUAGAUACUUUGGAUUCGUUUAUUCCUUGCUCUUGCAUUUGUUCCUGCAAAGCAAAGGAGAAAAACAUUAAAUCUAAGCAAGAUGAAAGGCUUGUCAAAUUUUUAAUGGGACUCAAUGAUUCAUACUGUGGUGCUAGGGGUAACAUUCUUAUGAUUUCACCUUUACCCACUAUUUCUAAUGCAUAUGCACUAUCACAAAAAGGAUAUUAUGACAACAAGAAAUCUGGUAGCAUUUGUAAGUACUGCAAGAAACCAGGUCACUCCAUUGAGAAAUGCUACAAACUUCAUGAGUUUCCACCUAAUUUCAAAUUUACUAAGCAGAGAAAUUUUCAGAACUCAGUUCAGGGUAAUGCAGUGUCUUCUAAUAAGAAUACUGGGGAAGUGUUCAUGUCUAAUGCAGGAACAUGA